CCUUUCUUUACAUUUCAAUCCCAUCAUAAAUCAGUAGGAUAACAGCAGUCCUCGUUCCUCGUGUUCUCACUCUGAGCCUCAUCAUCUUCCUCUUCCUCCCCCUCCUCGGUGUCAGUCUCCAGCUUUUGGUACCCUUCUUUCGUUCUUCAAAGCAACCAUCUUCUCAGUCUUCCGAUAACAACGCUUGUAUUUGAAGCCAUGGACAUGGAUGCUACACACAACUGGCUCGCCUUCUCCCUCUCUCAGCAGCCCUGUUUCCUCGAAGCCUUCUCUUCGGUCGCCGCUCCUCCUCACCACCAUGGUGGAAUCGAGGGGGCGGAAGAGGAAACCAGCGCGGCGACGGAGCUGGUGGCGCUGGCGAGCAUGGGGCCGAAGCUGGAGGACUUCCUCGGGGGCCCGAUGGGGCGUUACUCCAGCGCUGAAGACGCUGCCUCCCCCGCCGAAGGCGUUUACGACUCCGACCUGAAGACCAUCGCGGCCGGGUUCCUGCGCGGCCUCCCGGUGGAGCAGCAGGAGCCCCACUCGGCGAAGGAGGCUGCGCCGAAGGUGGAGUCGAGGAAGACCACGGCGGACACCUUCGGCCAGCGGACCUCCAUCUACCGCGGCGUCACCAGGCACCGGUGGACUGGGAGGUACGAGGCGCACCUGUGGGACAACAGCUGCCGCCGGGAAGGGCAGAGCCGCAAGGGCCGACAAGUCUACUUAGGUGGGUACGACAAGGAGGAGAAGGCGGCAAGGGCGUACGAUCUCGCAGCUCUCAAAUACUGGGGUCCGACGACCACCACCAAUUUCCCCAUCUCCAACUACGAGAAGGAACUGGAGGGGAUGAAGAACAUGACUCGCCAAGAGUUCGUCGCCUCCCUCAGAAGGAAGAGCAGUGGGUUCUCCAGGGGCGCCUCCAUCUACAGAGGGGUCACCAGACACCAUCAGCAUGGCCGAUGGCAAGCGAGGAUUGGAAGAGUGGCGGGCAACAAGGACCUUUACCUUGGAACCUUCAGUACACAGGAAGAAGCGGCGGAGGCGUACGACAUCGCGGCGAUCAAGUUCAGGGGCCUCAAUGCGGUGACCAACUUCGACAUGAGCCGCUACGACAUCAACAGCAUCGUUAACAAUGAUCUCCCCAUAGGUGGACUCUCCGGAAGGCCGUCGAAGGCCUCGGAGUCGUCGCCGUCAUCUUCUUCGGAUUGCAUGAGCGUCGAUAUGAAGCAUCAGCUGCACCAUCAGGACCCUUCGGCCUCUUUCGGGCUUGCCACCAUCCCCAUGAAGCAGGACCAUGACUACUGGUCCCUUCUUGCUCUCCACCAUCAACCCUCAGGCUUUGGUCUGUUCUCCUCCGGCGAUACUAUGGACUUCGCUACUGCUACUUCCAGCAAGGGGAUGUUAGAGCACCAGCAGGAACAAUCUCAGAGCAGUAGCUACUCUCCCGUUCCUUGUGCCACCUAUGUUGCGUGCGGAGGUGGUCAUAGUUACGACGGUUCCAACAUCAUGGGGGGUUGGGCUGCACCACCUUCGUCCUACCAACAGCCGGCUUCCAAGCCACAUGUGGCGGCCUUUCAGUCUGCCAUCUUUGGGAUGGAAUGAUGCGAAUGGGGAGGAAGCGAGACGACAAACUCACAGCAGCUGCUUAUGCGAUAGACAGUCAAAGUUAGGGAGACCUAUGAAGCUGAUAUCAACUGACACACUUACACAAAGGAGGGAAUGGGAGGACUGACAGAAGACUAACAAGAGAUUCAAAGUUUUGCUCGUGGUCAUGCUCAAACCUUCUUUUGCUUUCUUCUUCUUCUUUUACUGACAUGAUUCCGCACUGCCAUCAUCAUCUUCUUCUUCAGUCUCGACGGAAACAAGUACCUUUUGUA